UACUUAGUACUCCAACUUCUAAAUGACUAUCAAAGAAGUUAGCCAUGCAUAGUACGCCUUAGUAUUUGUCACGUGGUCCUUCUCACGGAGAGCAGGACCACCUACAUUGCUUGUAUGAAGGUAUAGGCAGGACAUUGCUUGUGAAGCCCCUCUACCCAACAUGGCCCAAACUGCGUGCAACGUUGGCAUCGCGGUGAGCGUGAUCGCGUCCAUCUUUUUGGCUGUUGGCCUCGGAGCUACUCUGUAUGUCACCACAACUGGUAGCGGCAGCAACGGGAACACCACCACCACCACAAGAUCAACCACUCCGUCCACAACACCAGGAAACAUCUACCAGACGCCUUGUGGGUUCUGUGGUCCCGAGAUCGACGUUGGGGUGACCAUACAGAACUACAUAGUGGAGCCCUUCUUCAAUCAUACAAUUGAACUGUUUGGUAUGAGACGACGAGAGCUCAUCUUCUUCUUGGAGAAUGCAGCUAAAAAGCAAAAGGAAUUCAGGUUUGCCGGAAACUACGGAACAUAUGGAUUUCUUGUGGACACCAUCAAUGGCCUGAAGGCGGACUACAGCCUUAACAAGACAUGGUGGAAAAUCUCAGAUCAGGACAUGGUGUCUCUCAGCGAAGGUGUGAGUUCCUACAUCCCUCAGCAUCGGGAGACCCUCAUCUUCACCUUCACGCAGAGCGGCGAUCAUUAAGUCACCGGUUUUACCAGUCGGCGUAGAUGGAUAUGAUUUCAGCGUGAAGCAUGCAUGGUGGCUCGUCGUGAAUACUUCACGCAUGUGUAUAUAUAUGUACAACGUUGCCCCGUCACCAGUAAAUAAAUACGGCGUAAUAGUGAUGUGUAUCUAUUUUAAGUCAUGUAAAGGUCCAGUUCAAAGGUUCCAUGGCGGAUAAAAGUCUGAAUUCCUUAAGUUUAGGGGGAGGGGGUUUAAUGGCAAGGUUUCGGUUUUUGCACAAGAUAGGGUUUUGUCAGAAUAAGAAAACAGGCAAUUAAAACACGAGAAUGUAUCGCCAAAGAGGCCACAAAACUCAGGAAUUCAACAAUUUCAGGAUUAAGUUUUUGGUGAGAUUGUGUCAUGUCCCAAAUCCGUCAUCGAUCUUUUGAACUGGUCCCUAAUGGAAUAAAACACGCGGAAUCCCAAUGAGCCCUACUCCCUGCUUUAACCUUGCGCGAACCCUACCGCUGCCUUGACAUUGAGAGCAAUGUGUAGAGUAGAGGCCGUAUGGCAAUAUCACAUAUUGCCGAUGUAGCCUGAUCGCUCAUUGGUCAGCUCCUUUCGGUUUGAAUAUAGCCUUGGCGUGAUUCGUUGGUUAAGAAUAAAUACCACAUGACAAAGCUUCUGUAUGUAUUCACGGGUGAUAAGAGGAAGGCAUGCAGUAUUGAAGAUAAGGGCCGUUAUAUCAAAUGGGCAAAGUGUAUAAACCAGUGAUGUAGUAAGUAUCAACAUUUUCAGUCCCAAGUUCAAAUUUAUGUCUAUUUGGACACUUUUCAGACAAAAUAUAACUAUUGUACAAUGGAUUUUUAUUUAAAAUGUAUAAUAAAAGUCGAUUUCCUUCUA